AAUUAAAUCAUAUUUUCCCGAGAAUUGGGAUAAUUCAAAAUUAUGAUCCCGAAUAUGCAAACACUAAUUUGGAAUGGUGAAUUCUAAACGCAAGCUAAAAUUUGAUCAAUUUUGAAAAUAUUCAGUGAAUUCCUUGCAAUCCAUCAAGCACAGGAAGAGGGACUAUAAACCCUAAUCCCCAUUAGUGCAGAGAAGUUUGGUAAGGGAAAUGCACAUCAGAUUCAGAGGCAAAGCGGUAGUUGUAUCAACUCAGUGUUCCAUAUAUCAUUGCAAUGGUUAUAGAGACUUCCGUUUCAGAUCUCAAUAUCUCUACUCAUCAACCUCUACACCUGCCCCGACCCAUUUCUUGGUGAAAUACCUUGUUGAUUCUCUCGGAUUCUCCGAUGAAGAAGCUGCCUCUACAUCCUCCAAGGUAACUUCAUUGAAAACCUUUAAGAAUCCUGAUUUAGUCAUCAAUUUCUUGAAACAAAUCGGUUUGGACAAUACCCAGAUGAAAAAAAUGGUUUCUUUAGCACCCAAAAUGCUAUUAUCUGAUGUUUCCAAAACCCUAAAACCCAAAUUCCAGUGCCUUAUGGAUAUCGGGUUAGCCGGGUCGGACCUGGUGAAUGUAAUUGCUAGAGAUUCAAAAAUUGUUGAAAGAGGUUUAGAUACUCAUUUGAGACCUACCAUUGAUCGUCUUAGGAUAACUUUGGGUAGUGAUGAAAAUGUAGUGAAGGCGUUAAAGAGAGCUCCUUGGUUGCUUACUUUUGGUGCUCAUAAUAUUAUGGAGACUAAUCUAUUGUUGUUGAAAAAUUGUGGUGUUCCUGAUGAGGGAAUAAAAACACUCGUGCUUAGAAAUCCUAGGUAUUUUGCACAAAAUCCUGAGUGGAUUAAGGGUUUGUUGCAUAGGGUGGAGAAUGAUUUUCGAGUACCGCUUGACUCUCCUAUGUUUCCUUAUGGAUUUCAUACAUUAGCCUCGCAAAAGCAGUGUACCGUGGAUAGGAAGAUUGGAAUUUUCAAGAGUUUUGGAUGGUCUGAUAAUGAGAUACUUGAAAUGUUUAGGAAGUUUCCUUAUUGUAUUGCUCAGUCAGAGGUCAAAAUUCAGAAAGCAUUGAAUCUUUACAUUAAUGAGCUUGGUUCUGAACCUGCUUACUUGGCUUCUCAGCCUUCAGUUUUGAUCUAUAGUCUGGAAAAAAGGGUGCUACCUCGGAUGCAAGUCUUGAAAAUUUUGGAUGAAAAUAAGCUUGAGAGGAGAAAGUUGGCUCUUUAUACUGUUGUGAGCUUAUCAGAGACAAAGUUCAUUGAUUAUUUUGUGCUGCCCUACAAGGAUCAGAUACCUGAUUUGUAUGAAUCACAUAAGAAAACUGUGGCUCCCUAGCCGUUUUAGUUUAACCUUUUUAAAAUCAUAUUCUGCAGUCCAAUAUAUUUUUGCGUUUAUUUUUUUCAGUUUGUAUUCUGAAAAUUACAGUCGGUGUCAUUUCUGUCAUUAUAAAGGAAAAAUAUCAUUGGAGGUUUGAGAAAUAGUCAAGUAUUUAUUUGCUUCCCAUUUGGAUAUUCUUCUAUCCUGUUCUGAUUUGAUUCUGGAACAUUUUAUGAGUUGUUUGCUAAUCAAUCCAUUUUAUUGCCACCUGAGCUUUUGUAUUUAUCUCGUCCUUAAUGUGAAGUUGAAGAGUCUCUUUCAUUUCAUACUUUUUACUCUAAAUAAUUUGGUACUCCAUCUAUUCUACAAUUACUCUGUGAUGUAAACAAAAUUCCGAUGAUUUGGUGCUUUGUGAAAGAUAUGCCCGCUGGGAAUGGAGUUGUAGGAUGUAGAAUUUGCCCUAUAAACUCUUCGAAAAUUAGUCGGUCAUUCAUGUUUGGUGACACAGAAUACACUCUCCAGGCUUUUAAUUAACAUAAUGCUCAAUCUACAUGUCUAAAGAAAACAUAGUUUCUGCCCUUUUGGUGAUUGUAAAGCAUUAUUUUUUCCCAUCCAGGUUCCAAGUAGACAGUGUGUGGAGAUGAAUUGGCUUCUCAUUUCCAUGUGGAUUCCAUU